AGAAAGCAGAGCCCCACAAUGGGUUUGUUGUGUACGAGGAAGGAAGGAAGGAAGGCAUAAUAAAAAUGAUCCAAAAUUAGGAGAUGCAGAAACAAAUAUGCAUUCGGACAACAGAAUUCGUUCUUCCAUGUCUGUUUGAAUAUGAAAUAUUUACAUCAAUACUCAAUUAAUUCAAUUAUCGAUUGAUUGAUGGCUACAAUAUGUUCCGACGAGCUGAAACAGCUGAAGGAGAUCUUCAACCGGUUCGACAUGGACAACGACGGCAGCCUGACCCAGCUGGAGCUCGCAGCCCUGCUACGUUCCCUGGGGCUGCGACCCACCGGAGACCAGAUCACAACAAUGCUGGCCAACAUGGACGCCAAUGGCAACGGGGCCAUCGAAUUCGACGAACUGGUGGAGGUGCUACUGCCGGACAUGGACCAGCAAUUCCUGGUGGACCAGGACCGCCUAAUGCAGGUCUUCCAGUCGUUCGACCGCGACGGCAACGGGUACAUAACGUUGGUCGAGCUCGCGGCCAAGAUGGCGCAGAUGAAGCAGCCGCUGACGUACAAUGAGCUGACGGAGCUGAUGCAGGAGGCCGACACCAACGGCGAUGGAGUCAUCAGCUUUUCUGAGUUCGCCAACAUCCUCGCCCGAUCCGCCGUCGAUUACCUCACCCUCCCGGCGCCCUCCUGAUGACGAUGACGAUGAUGAUCCACCGUUAAUGGCGGCCAUGCUACGUACGGUCCAGAAUCCAUCCUAUCCUAUGUGUGUGUAUAUAUAUAUAUGGGUGGUUGAUGAUUUAAAAUGUUGGUUGGUUUUAGUAGGUUUGUAGAUGAGAUGAGAUAAAUUAAGAGACUUUCUCCAACACUAUCAACCAAAUAAUUAGGGUCGAAUUUUGAGGUUACUUGUGGGUUGAGACUUGGAUCGAAAAAGCCCAACAACUACACACAUAUACAUUGGUGCA